GGAAGAGAGGACACUUUCGAGUCUGCAGGAUUGUAUUUGUCGCUGUUUCCCUUCCACAGUGCUCGAGCUCCGGUCAUCUUGUCCACAAUCAAGCCUGAGCGGUUGAGGUAAGCAAGUCAAACGCUUGUUAAAUGUUUUUCACCAGAUAGGUAGAAGUUGCGAAAAGACUGAGGUUGAAUAGGAGCUGCUGAAAGCCUGAGCAAUACUGUUCGCACUUUCGUCAAAGCAUGGUGGAAAUAGACUAGCCUGAUUGUUUGUUUUGGCUAGCAAGUGAAACUUCUCCGUGGUUGCCUGAGAAUCCGUAGAUGUGUGCUUGAUCAAUAUGCAACGAGCUCUCUUGAAUAAAUGAUCAAUAACCAAUCAAGUGAUCGUAGCCUACUGUAUCUCUUCCACAGGCUCCUCGCGGCCAAGGACAAGACGGACACACAUAAAAGCAGGUGCUUUAAUGGAACACAUAAAAUGAUAGCAAAAGUGCUCUUCUGUCCGCCCUUGAAACUGGACUGAAACCAAAAGUGAAAUAUUCACAGGCUUGAGUGGACAGCACUCUGAAUAUAUUUACAUUUCCUGCCUGAUACGUUUGAAAACAAGCACUGUUUAGUGUAGAAGGGGGAGGGGUAAAGAUACCCUUCUGUACAUUUGUUUUAGAAAUGGAUGGCAAUAUGGGAGAGAUGUCAGUUCACAGUCAUGUGGAGCUCGCACACAGUCAGGACAGUCGUGCGAUGUUACACUCGCGAGACCUCUCUGCCGCCUUCCCACGUCCCUCUCUGGGAGGCCACCCCAUGGGCCUGGAACAUGAGCACAGGAGCCCUGGGUACGAGCACAGCAUGCCGACGCUGGGGUAUGGCAGGGACACCCCGACAAGCGGUGGUAGCACCUACACUACACUGACCCCUCUCCAGCCAUUUGAUGACAAGUUUCACCAUCACCAUCACCCCUGCUUACCGGUCAGUAAUGUCAUCGGUAGCUUUACGCUCAUGCGUGAGGAUAGGGGGCUUGGAGGAAACUUCUAUAACCCCUAUGGCAAAGACUUGAGCAUGGCACAGAGUCUGUCUCCACCACUUGGCAGCUCAGGCCUGGAGACAGCCAUGCAUGGUUACGGCUCGUUAGGGAGCCAGAACGGACACAGUGGCCAGAUGCUUGCAAGCAGCCAUGAUGUCCAUAUGGGCAGCAGUGGGGGGAACAUAUUCUGCCGAACAGCAACAGACUUUGGGAGGGAAAUGUCACCACCCUCACUAGUCGGAGAGCAUGGGGUCAGCCACCAGCUAAGCAAGAUAGACACCCACCAGCACGCACCCACGUACCACCCCCAUAUCUACACCCAGAGCUACCAACAGCACCAUCACAGCCAGCAAGCCUCUAAGCUGGGGGAACUCCCUGGCUCUUCCCCCUCCUCGUCGUCAUCCUCCUCCAGCUCCAGUCUGGCCAGGGAGAGCAUGCUGGCCGGCUCCCAGAGCAACGGGGCAGGGGAGGAGAUCAACACCAAAGAUGUGGCCCAGCGGAUCAUCACAGAGCUGAAGAGGUACAGCAUCCCGCAGGCCAUCUUCGCCGAGAGGGUGCUGUGCAGGUCUCAGGGCACCCUGUCCGACCUGCUCAGAAACCCCAAGCCCUGGGGCAAGCUCAAGUCCGGCCGCGAGACCUUCAAGAGGAUGUCCCGCUGGUUACAAGAGCCAGAGUUUCAGAGGAUGGCGUCGCUGCGACUAGAAGCAUGUAAGCGCAAAGAGCAGGAGUCGAAGCAGGAGAGGAACCAGGGGCCCAAGCGCACUCGGCUGGUCUUCACCGACCUGCAGCGGCGUACACUGAUGGCCAUCUUCAGGGAGAACCAGCGGCCUGCCAAAGACCUGCAGGUGACCAUCGCACAGCAGCUCGGACUGGAGCUUUCCACCGUCAGCAAUUUCUUCAUGAAUGCUCGCAGAAGAAACCUCAACCGCUGGAGCGAAGAGGGACGCCCAUCCUCCACCGGCUCUUCAGGGUCCAGCACCUCCUCCCCUGCCGUCUCCUGCACCACGGCGUGA